GCGCAUGCAAGAUGGUUGGUGAUGGUACCUGAAGUAAACUCUCAGGUUUCGCACUCGUGUGUGUGUGUGUGUGGAGAGAAGACGCUCGCGCACUCGGUGUAGCUCAGCGCGAGUGUGUUGCAGCAGAGACUGAAGAAGCUUGGGCCUAAACACCGCUGUUUAACGGACACUACGGGUUUAACCGACAAGUAGUAUCUUUGUGAGCAGUGCGUUACUGCAGGAAAGACGAGUGUGAUGUGAGUGAGGAAGACAGAACACCGGAGAGAAGGGAAGGAGACGGGGAGGAAAAUAACAGCAGCACUGAGUCAGACAGGGCGUUACUGAGAGACCCCGAGCUGGUUUCAUCUCUCGUCCAGCAGAAUGUGAAGAUGGCGUGUUUGCUCCCCCACGCAGGCACCAGUGUGUUACGCCGCUUCACUCCAGAGUCACUGGCUGAGUGCGAGAGACUUAAAGCAGAGGAAGAUGCAGAAAUUGCGAACAGGAAAGCCCAGGGCAUCGAGAUCCCUGAGGAGGAAUUGCCCAAACCUGCCAAAGACCUGGAAGUUGGAAAACCCUUACCGUUUAUUUAUGGAGAUCCUCCACCUGAGCUCCUGAACAUCCCUCUGGAAGAACUCGAUCCCUACUACAAAUCCAAGAAAACUUUCAUCGUGAUCAGCAAAGGGAAUACAAUCAACAGGUUCAAUGUUGAGUCAGCAUGUUACCUCCUCAGCCCCUUUAACCCCAUCCGCAGAUUCUCCAUCCGAGUCCUCAUUCACUCAUUGUUCAGCAUGUUCAUCAUGGUAACCAUCCUGUCCAACUGCGUGUUCAUGACCAUGAGCGACCCGCCUGAGUGGAGCAAAACUAUGGAGUACGUGUUCACAGGGAUCUACACCUUCGAGGCUCUGAUUAAAGUCUUAUCCAGAGGGUUCUGUAUCGGAGACUUCACAUUCCUUCGAGAUCCGUGGAACUGGCUGGAUUUCAUGGUCAUCAGCAUGGCGUACAUCACUGAGUUUGUGGACUUGGGAAACGUCUCCGCUCUGAGGACCUUCCGUGUGCUUCGAGCCCUGAAAACAAUCACUGUAAUUCCUGGUUUGAAAACCAUUGUUGGUGCACUGAUUCAGUCUGUGAAGAAGCUGGCAGACGUCAUGAUCCUGACAAUCUUCUGUCUGGCCGUUUUCGCCCUCAUUGGCCUGCAGCUGUUCAUGGGAAUUCUGCGCAACAAGUGCGUCCUGUGGCCUCCUCCAAGCUUCAUCAACAACACAGACACAAACAGCACUUUCGACUUCGAACAAUUCAUCAACGAUCCUGAGUAUUUCUACUUCCUGCCUGGUAGCCUGGACCCACUUCUUUGUGGAAACAGUUCAGACUCUGGAGUAUGUCCCGAAGGCUACUUGUGUAUGAAAGCAGGAAGGAAUCCAAAUUACGGUUACACCAGCUACGACAACUUCGGCUGGGCCUUCCUCGCCCUCUUCCGCCUCAUGACACAAGACUACUGGGAAAAUUUGUUCCAGCUGACGCUCCGGGCAGCAGGGAAGACCUACAUGAUCUUCUUCGUGGUCAUCAUCUUCUUAGGCUCCUUUUAUCUGAUCAAUCUGAUUUUGGCUGUGGUGGCGAUGGCGUACGCGGAGCAGAACGAAGCCACUAGAGCUGAAGCUAAAGAGAAAGAAGAGGAGUAUGCCAUGAUCAUGGAGCAGCUCAAAAUGCAAUCCGAGCAAAAAAAAGCCAUGGUGAAAGAAAGCAUGACUUCGCUCUCGAGCAAUAAGAAAGAAGAAUAUGAUGAAAAUCAUGAAGAGUCUAUCGAGGUGAAAAAAUCAAAUGGAUCCAAAGGAAGCAUGGAUUUAAUAGAAAUACCUGGCCAGCAAGACAGGAAAGCCAGUGUUAUAAGCGCUGCAAGCCAAACACUAGAAGAAUUGGAAGAGCUGGAAAGGCCAUGCCCACCUUGCUGGUACAAGUUUGCAGACAUUUUUCUAAAGUGGAAUUGCUGUGUACCGUGGAUCAAAUUCAAAAAUUGGGUGCACUUCAUUGUGAUGGAUCCCUUUGUGGACUUGGGCAUCACUAUCUGCAUCGUAUUGAACACAGUCUUCAUGGCCAUGGAGCAUUAUCCAAUGACUCCUGACUUCGAACAUGUCUUAUCUGUUGGGAAUUUGGUGUUCACAGGCAUCUUCACUGCGGAGAUGGUAUUCAAACUCAUAGCGCUGGACCCAUACUACUACUUCCAGGUUGGCUGGAAUAUAUUUGACAGCAUCAUCGUGACCAUGAGUCUUGUUGAACUCGGACUGGCUAACGUACAAGGGCUCUCUGUGCUCCGGUCCUUCCGACUUAAUGAAGAAUUUGACCUACAAUCGGCGGACGUUUUAGUCGGACAUGACCGAUUGGAGCACGAGAAACCUAUUGGAGGACUUCACACCUUUGUUUUGAUGCGUGUCUUCAAGUUGGCAAAGUCAUGGCCCACACUAAACAUGCUGAUUAAGAUUAUUGGUAACUCUGUGGGUGCCCUGGGGAACCUGACGCUCGUCCUGGGUAUCAUCGUCUUCAUCUUUGCUGUGGUGGGCAUGCAGCUGUUUGGGAAGAGCUACAAGGACUGCGUUUGUAAAAUCGCUGAAGACUGUGAGCUGCCACGGUGGCACAUGACAGACUUCUUCCAUUCAUUCCUUAUUGUGUUUCGGAUCCUGUGUGGCGAGUGGAUUGAAACCAUGUGGGACUGCAUGGAGGUGGCAGGCCAGCCAUUGUGCAUUACCGUCUUCAUGAUGGUCAUGGUGAUUGGAAACCUAGUGGUCCUGAAUCUUUUCCUGGCGUUGCUGCUUAGCUCCUUCAGUGGAGAUAAUUUGUCAUCAUCAGACGACGACGGUGAGAUGAACAACCUCCAGAUUGCCAUAUCAAGAAUCACCAGGGGCAUCGACUGGUUCAAGGCCUUCAUCAUCACACACGUAAGGCGUUUGUUGGGGCUGAAACCGAAGGAAGAGGAUAAGAAAGGAAAUGAUUUGGUCCUAAACCACAUGGACACUGGUGAGUCAGGGGAUGAGACCAAGGAGGAGCUGAAACUGGAGCUUGAUGGUGCUCUUAGAAUGGCUGUUGUUCCGAUUGCAAAGGGAGAGUCUGAUGUUGAAAGCCCAUAUGAAGAUGAUAGCACUUUUGAAGAUGAAGAAAAGGUCGAUGAAAAAAAGCAACAUAAAGAUGCAGAUGACUCGUCCAGCUGCAGCACUGUGGACAAACCUCCAGAGGUGAAAGAAGCGGAUUCAGAGGAUGAACCAGAUCCCAUUACUCCAGCCGAUUGCUUCACAGACAACUGCAUUAGACGAUGCCCAUGCCUGGAUUUGGACAUCACCAAGGGCAGAGGAAAGAUAUGGUGGAACAUCCGUAAGACCUGUUAUGCCAUUGUGGAGCACAACUACUUUGAGACCUUCAUCAUCUUCAUGAUUCUCCUCAGCAGUGGUGCCUUGGCAUUUGAAGAUAUUUACAUCGAGCAGCGACGAGUGAUUAAAAUCAUUCUCGAAUACGCAGAUCAGGUCUUCACCUACAUAUUUGUCAUCGAGAUGCUUCUGAAAUGGGCUGCAUACGGUUUCAAGAUCUAUUUCACCAACGCUUGGUGCUGGUUGGACUUCCUCAUUGUUGACGUCUCCCUGAUCAGUUUGACAGCUAACAUUCUGGGUUACUCUGAGCUCGGACCCAUCAAAUCCCUGAGGACAUUGAGAGCUCUGAGGCCACUUCGCGCCUUGUCCAGAUUUGAGGGAAUGAGGGUGGUUGUGAACGCCCUGGUUGGAGCAAUUCCCUCCAUAUUUAACGUGAUGCUGGUGUGUUUGAUCUUCUGGCUGAUCUUCAGCAUAAUGGGUGUGAACCUGUUUGCUGGAAAAUUCCACUAUUGCUUUAACACCACCUCUGAAGAGUAUUUCACACUUGACGUGGUGAACAACAAAAGCGAUUGCUUGGAGCUGAUGCUUAGUUCUGACGAUGUGAGAUGGAUGAACACCAAGGUCAACUUCGAUAACGUGGGCAUGGGUUACCUCUCCCUGCUUCAAGUGGCAACAUUUAAAGGUUGGAUGGACAUCAUGUACGCUGCAGUGGAUUCUCGGGCGGUGGACGAUCAGCCAGAUUAUGAGUCUAACCUCUACAUGUACCUGUACUUUGUGAUUUUCAUCAUCUUUGGCUCCUUUUUUACCCUCAAUUUAUUCAUCGGUGUCAUCAUUGAUAACUUCAACCAACAGAAAUCAAAGUUAGGAGGACAAGACCUCUUCAUGACAGAGGAGCAGAAGAAAUAUUAUAACGCCAUGAGGAAACUUGGCUCAAAGAAGCCACAGAAACCCAUCCCACGCCCUCAAAACUGUUUGCAAGGCUUCAUCUUCGACAUUGUCACUAAACAGUUCUUCGACAUCCUGAUCAUGGGCCUGAUCUGUCUGAACAUGGUCACCAUGAUGGUGGAGACGGACGACCAGAGCGCCGAGGUUGAAGAGAUCCUGUACAUGAUCAACUUUGUCUUUAUCGUUGUCUUCACUGGAGAGUGCGUGCUCAAGCUCAUUGCACUACGGCAGUAUUUCUUUCACGUCGGCUGGAAUAUUUUCGAUUUUAUCGUAGUCAUACUUUCAAUUGUGGGCUUAGUCCUAGCUGAUAUCAUCGAGAAGUAUUUUGUGUCACCUACGCUUUUCCGUGUAAUCCGACUUGCCAGAAUCGGCCGCGUUCUGCGACUGAUCCGGGGUGCUAAAGGUAUCCGAACACUGCUGUUUGCUCUGAUGAUGUCGCUCCCUGCUCUCUUCAACAUCGGCCUCCUCCUCUUUUUGAUCAUGUUCAUCUUCUCCAUCUUUGGCAUGUCCAACUUUGCAUAUGUGAAAAAAGAUGCCGGCAUUGACGACAUGUUCAAUUUUGAGACCUUUGGGAACAGUAUCAUAUGUCUGUUCAUGAUCACGACGUCCGCUGGCUGGGAUGGACUCCUGUCCCCGAUCCUAGACAGCAAACCUCCCGACUGUGACCCGGACAUUGAGAAUCCUGGCACGGACGUGAAGGGAAACUGUGGGAACGCCGGAGUGGGAAUAGUCUUCUUUUGCAGCUACAUCGUGAUGUCGUUCCUGGUGGUGGUGAACAUGUACAUUGCCAUCAUUCUGGAGAACUUCAACGUAGCAACGGAGGAGAGCAGCGAGCCUUUAUGUGAGGAAGACUUCGAGAUGUUCUACGAGACCUGGGAGAAGUUCGAUCCGGACGCUUCGCAGUUCAUCGAAUACAGCGUGCUGUCCGAUUUCUGCGACACACUGAAAGAUCCACUGAAGAUCCCCAAGCCCAACACGGUCAAGCUGAUUGCUAUGGACCUGCCGAUGGUCCCUGGGGACAGGAUCCACUGUCUGGACAUCCUGCUGGCUCUCACUGCCGAGGUACUGGGUGAAUCCGGGGAAAUGGACAUGCUCAAGUCGAGUAUGGAGGAGAAAUUCAUGGCAAAUAACCCGUCUAAAGUGUCAUACGAGCCCAUAUCCAGCACUCUCCGAAGGAAGCAGGAGGAAGUGGCCGCUAUCGUCAUCCAGAGAGCCUUCCGCAAAUACAAACUCAAGCAUCCCCGCAAACUGGGAGCCCAUAGCUUUAGACAAAAGAUUGACAAGCCUCCGAGUGUAGCUCUGCAGAACGAGGUGGUCUUACACUCCGCCCCUUUCACUAUCCCUGAUACGGACUAUGUCGACAACUUGAAGGAGUCCAUCGUGUAGCAAGAUCUUACUGCUUUUUCUGGAUACAACUUCAUCAAUGUGACAUUGUUGUCACUUCCACUGCUUGUUCGACUCUUCCAAAGUUUUCACGUCCCGGAUACGAAGGACAUGUGAGCGUGACAUGUUUUAUACAGUAGGUCACUAUAAAGAAGUAAAGAACUAAAAUCUGUGAAGAAGCCAGUGGCGUAAAAUCUUUAAAAAAAAAUUAGCAUUAAAGAUGUUAGUCAGGCUCUAAGCACAGUUUCCUAAUCCUGGAAAAAAAAUAGAACAAAGUACAAAUGUAGCAUGGGACUUUUAGAUACUUUUGAUACAAGACCGAAGAAAUUGUUAGCUUACAGUACAUGGUGCAGCUUGAGGUCUUUUUCUUGUCAAAAUUCAAUAUAAAACAAUGAAAAAAUGCUGUAUCGAUUUCUCCAUCAUCGAUAACCCAAGUCUGACAUCAGAUAAGUCCAAUGUACUCAAAUGUUGAAGCCAUUUGUCUGAAUAUAAUGCAAAGCACUUCGAUCCUCUCUUAUUUUAGUGUGAUCAGUUUGUUUUCAGGAGCCAUGCGUUCAAAUACUGUCAUCAACCUCAUCUACUCAAAUCCUCAUACCACACGAUGACCGCCUACAGCACGAGGGAACAGGCAAGGAAACAAAGCUUCAGCCUGAACUAUAACAACAUACAUUUGGACGUAGCUUAGUAAUACGUUAUUUAACAGAAUAAAGUCAGACAGUUAUCAUGUGCAGUAUAAAUGGCAGACUUAGCCUUUCUUUGUGAGGGACAUAUUACAUGAUUCUUUUUCCUGUUUCCAUUUAAAAGAAAGAUAUUCCUCCAUUUUCUGUACUGAAUUUUUUCCCAAACACAAUUUUCUGGCUAGUCUAUGACGAGUUUCUGGUUAAACAAGAGUUUCUAUAACAAGUUUAAAUCUAGUUUCUGGUUGGUUUCUGGCUAUUUUCUUACUAGUUUACGGAUAGUUUGUUUGAACACAGCAAAGACAAUUCAAGCUUUUAAGAAGGUACAGUAUCCACAUAUUACGCAAUACUUAAAAUCAGAGCUUGAAAUGAAAAAGAGUUUUAAAAACUAGGAUGGUAUUGUUCCUGACCCUCAUGAUGACUUGAUCACUCGUGUCUCGUUUUACAUGCUUGAGCAAAGCAGAAGUAAUAAGUAAUAAGAUGUGGAGGAAGUUGUGCUGAAAACAGUAUUUGAACGCAGCUCUUAUUUGGACAUGCUAGCACCCUAGCAAUUUCAUACAACAAAGCUAGAGUUUGGAUGAUUUCGACUUUACUUUCUUGGCUGGAGGAGUGAAAGCCUUUGCAGCAUUAGGUUUAAACAAUAGUUUAUCUAUCAAUAUCUUAUCAAUGCAGCUGCAUAUUAUUAAUAUACUAAUUUUAUUGUACAGUGGUACCCCGCUUGUCGACCUUAAUCGGUUCCUUUAAACCGGUCGAAAUGCGGGCAGGUCGAAGAGCGAAUGUAAUUAUCCCAUAAGAAAUAAUGGAUAACCAAUUAAUCCGUUCCCGACCUCCACCGAUACCCCGUUUUUAACAGUAUUAAUACUAAAUAAUACAUAAAAUAAUACCGGUACAUAAAUAAUAUUGUAUAUAAUACAGUAAAAAGUAUUAAUUAAAAACUAACAAAAAAAAUGAUUGUACUGUGCUGUACUUACUCUUUAAGUCGCAGUGAUGGCUUGAUGGAGUGGGUGGGAGGAGGCUGAGUGGUGGUGUUAGUUGGAGGAGGAUGAGCCCUCACUGCUAAAUUACACUAAUAUUUUUCACAAACCGAUGUUUAAUUUAGGAUAGAUGCUCUCUCCAUGAAGGCUGAGGCGAGACUGGGAAGAUCCUUCCCCUCGUGCUACGUGGGUCAAGGUCGCUAAGCAGGGAUUUGGUCGAAAAACUGUUCACUAAGCGAAAAGGUCGAUGUCCAAGCGGGGUACCGCUGUACGAGUCCAGACAGAUACACUUACGGUCUUAAAUGCUUUUUAACAUCAAAUGUAAAAUUUGUACUAAUUUGCACGAGCCAGCUUGAAUGAAAAGUUAGUGACCCUAGUUACAAUGUGAAUGCCGUAUUAAAUUUGUUGGAAAAAACAACAACUAAGAAGCAAUGAAGCUAAGAAGCUAGCUUUUCAUUUCAGAAUGGAUUUUUAUUAUGUAUUAUUGUAACAUUUGCUUUACAGACUUUGUGCUUUAGAUUUACUGUUUAAUUACAGAUUAAUCACUGUUAUCCCUACAGACCAAACAAAAAUACUCACCAAAAGUACAGCAGUGUUAACAACUAUUAUAGAUACAGUACAGGUUUUGGCCAUUUCUAAUUACAUUACAUUUAGCUUAAUCGAAUCAGGUAUUAGAUUAGAUAAUUGGGUUUAUUGUCCCAUUUUUUCAGCUCAUGGUAUAAUAAACAUUUCUUAAUUCACUCGGAGUUGUUCUUCUUUUAGCUUUUUGAUUAAUAUUUACAACUAAAGGAAUUUGGAGUCCUUUUGAUGGGAAGUGUAUAUGUAAAGAUUUACUUUAAAUUUAAUCCUUCAGUCAUGUUGUGUUUACAAUGAUUGCAUUUAAAGUCUCCCAUUUAAAGUAGCUGUAUAGUCCGUCACAAUGAUUCAUUAAUGCUAAUAAAUGCACGUUUAGCAAGAUUAAUAAUAAUAAUAAUAAUAAUAAUAAUAAUAAUAAUAAUAAUAAUAAUACUUAUUAUUAUUAUUAUUAUUAUUAUUAUUAUACAAAUAUAACAUACUCGAUGGUACAUAAAGUUCAUGUUACUGAAAAAAUUUUUUAGAUUCAAUAUAACAGGAUUUUUAUAUGAUUGUUCUGUUAUAAUAUCCUGAAAUGUCUUAUUCUACUUAUUCUGAGGUCAUUUUAACCCAAUGAGAAUUUAUAUUAUUAAUAUUAUAUUAUUUUUAAAAAUAACAAAAAUAAUGUGAAAUUCUUUUAAUUUCUUUUUUAAUUAUUAAUUUUUAACUUUUGUUUUGUACCUUUUUUGAUUUUCUCAAUUAAAAACCACCUGAUAUCUGGUUCACAUGCACUGCUUCUCUGUACCAUCUCCAUCACGCCACUAUUAUUAACCUGACAGAACUGCACCUGCGUCUCUGUCACUGUAUAAUGUAUGUAUAAAAUGUUUUUUUUUUUUUGAGGAUAACAAUUAAUAAACUGGAAAAUCUUUCUUUAUAUGCA